UCAUUUCCCAAAAUGGCGGACGCAGACUCGUGUCCUUCCAUCGUUGUUUCUGCGAUCCGCCUUCUCACGAGUACUUCACUUACUCCAAGUGGGCCGAAAGCACCACAGAGCUUUGACGAGAUUAUAUCCUCCAGGUUAACUGCUUUGAAAUCCGCUCUCCAGGAUGAUAAACAAUUGCAGGGGUUGUCUCUUCUUUUUGACAAAAGCCGGACAAGCAGAGAGUUCUGGAUGAAAUUUUUAUCCAUUGAGCAGGAAAAUGAAGGCAAUCGUAAUCCCGUGAAUAUAUUCGACGAGGGAAAAGAUGUUCGAUAUUAUGGUGAUUCGAGAUGGAGAUUUGUAGAGACUUGCUUGCAGUUACUGAUCGUCUUGAAAGAUGUGAUGCAAGAACUAUCUAAAGCAAAGGAAACAGAAAGUGUUGAACCUACUUCGCGGGAAUCAACUAACACCAUCCCUGAUAACACCCACCCCACUCCUUGUGACAAUACUGACCCUACCCCUGUGAGGCCUAAUGACCCAACCCCUGAUACAGCUACUGACCCAACCCCUGUGAGGGCUACUAACCCUACCCCUGUGACAGCUACUGACCCUACCCCUGUGAGGCCUAAUGACCCUACCCCUGUGACAGCUACUGUCCCAACCCCUGUGAGGGCUACUAACCCUACCCCUGUGAAAGCUGCAAAGGGUAGAAAAGCCCCAUAUGCUCCUAAACUGGGAGCAGAUGCUCUUAGCAUCUCUGAUCAAAAAAGUGUUCUAACAUGUGUCCAGUUUGUAGUUAGUUUAGGACUUUGUCCUUAUCUGCUCCCUGGGAUUGGUAUCCCUUUAGAAAAGAGAACAGGAUUUGGUGAAUUAAUAAAGUCAGGGGGUUUGUUUGUAAGGAAAGAGAGGCAUUUGUAUAAAUGUGUCUGGACAUUGUUGGAAUGUACCAAACACCCCACACUUGGGUCGGUCAUUCUGUCCAGGCAUUUGGGAGAUGUGUUGUCAGGGCUGAUACAACUGGUUUUUGCACCACCACCAAGACAGAAUAGCAAAAAGAAAUCAGAUUUGAAUAGUAAAAAUACAGCAGCUGUGAGCAAGAUAGAAAAAGACAUUAAAGAUGAACAGGAUAACCUUAAAAAGGAAACUCCAGAUAUUGGCACUAACACAGAAAAAGCAAGACUCUAUAAUUUGUCUCAAUGGGAAAAGUACAUUAGUACAUCGGAUGCUCAGAACAGAGAUACUUUUAUAACAUUGUCUCAGCGGGAAGGAUGUUGGUCUGAACUAGCUAGGCUGCUUAACCGUGUCUACCAGCCCAUGGUUGUUAGAGAGCUUCUAGUUUUACAAGGCAGUAGCCUUGGUCCCACAAAUGUUCAUGGAAAUACCACAAAGCAUGGAAGUGGAGAAUUAAAAGGGGGAUUCUCUCAAAGACCCCCUAGGUGGUUUGUCAUUAUCUGUGGACAGUUGCUCUCUGAACGGCUUAUGAUGAAAAAUGGUGUAAUUGCUGUUCUUAGAGGGAUCUUGGAAACACCUGGAGACCCAAGCAGUGCCCCUGACUGGCAUAAAUGCGAGAUGGUUUCCAAGCUACUUGCCAACUGCCCAAGCCAAGCUACAUCUGUGGAUGUUUACUAUGGACAUGUUGGUCCCCAGGUGCUCAAAUUGCUGUUGAUAUCUGAUCCAAACCUUGGGCCACAGUUCAUCAGAGUGGCAUCAUAUGCAAUCCAGUUGAUGUUAAAGCUGCACCCAGCGGAGGCCAGGAAGCAUGUCCUGAACAUCAUGCUAUUACCACUGGCCAGGGCUACCAGUCAAGCUUGCUGCAUGGGCCCUGGAGAUGUGGUCUCUGAUGAAGCCUCAGUAACAAGAAGUAUAGAGAGUAUCCACAAGGUAUUUGUAAAAGUUACCAAUUACGAGAGGUGCUCUUUGCCUUAUCUUUCCAACAUCAUUCAUCCGCUGUUUGAGAUAUUUUGCUUCACGAGACAAGGAGUGUCUUAUCUACGAUCCUCCUGCCAAGACAUUCUCACCCAGUUCCUCAAGCAUUCAAACUCCCGGGUUGCCCUCAAGACAUUGUACACACUUGCCUUCAAAGAACACCCUCAGGAAGACUUUGGCAACACUCUGACAACUACAGAAUCAAACAGCAAGACCCAGACACGAGGGAAAAACAAGAAGGAAAGUGUCCAAGAACAGGAAAGCAAGAAUGCCAUCACUGUAAGUAAUGCCACAGUGACCGGAACCAAGGAAUUGGAUACUACAAAUGAGUGCUUGGAAGAUUUCAAUUCUGUCAAGCUAAUGUCUGGAUAUUACUCGUUUGGACAUGGCGACAGUGGUGGUGUAAUAAUCAAGUGUAAAGCUGUUGAUGUUAAUGAAUCAGCAGACGAUUUGCUGGGAAGCCUCAGCAAUUCUAUGCAAGAAUAUGAGGUCCAAGCACUGUGCCUUGUGGAGCUCCUAAUGGAGACGAAGGCAGAGAAGCUUGCUGGGGAGUUCUUUUUGCAUCUGAUGAAAGAGUUGACUGACAUUGUAACAAGUGAACAGGAGCAAAUCGGCAGCAAUGACCUCAUGAUGAUUGACAAAGCAGUAGCCAAUCAGAAGCGCAGCCUGUUGAUAUUGCAUCUGGUUGCUCUUAUGUGUGAGAAGCUAGGCCCCACCAUUCUACAGGAUCCCAAGUACAUGUUGUCAUUUAUUCGCGCUACUCUUGAGAGGGCGUGUAUCUUGUGCCAAGAAGGGCAGCUGGAGGCGGGGCUUAUAGCGGAGACUGUUACCAUGGUGAUAGGAAUGCUGUCUGCUAUACUAGGAGGGGCUUUGAAGUUGGACGCCGAAGAUCGUGAGCUGGUAACAGCCCUAAUGCCGUUGCUGGAGAACCUAGCCAAUCAGAACCCAGAUACAGAACUAGGUGCCAUGGCAACGGACCUGCGCAUCGCCAUAGCAACACAUGGAACAGUUUGGAGUCAAAAGCUUCAGGAUGCUGCUCAAAGGCUCGGUAAACCGGACAAGGCUAUGGAAGCUGCCAGUGAAGAUUCAAGCGGUAGCUCAUACGACGAAGCGCUUAGUCAGUUGUGUGACCCACUACUUCCGGUCCGUGGUCACGCAAUGUUAUCACUGGCGUCACUAAUAAACCACAGGGACCCUAAAGCCAUGAGCAAGGUCGACACACUGCUGAAAAUCUUCGAGGAGCAGCUCGCGCAUGACGACUCGUACAUUUACCUUGCCGCUGUCCAGGGCCUGGUGGCACUCGCGGGGCUGAGACCAGACCCAGUCCUUCCUCACCUGGCACGGCAGUUUGCUACGUGUAGAAAAGAGCCUGGGCCCAAUAAAGAAAGAGGCCUUUACCAUCCUGAGAAAGGUUCAGGUGCGCCUGCUAUCCCUCAGCGGUCUCCCGAGCUUCGGAUGAAACUUGGAGAAGCCCUGGUACGAGCAACCCGAGCCUGCGGUCCUCUUGUCCCGAGGUUUUCUCAGCAUCUUAUCUCGUCUCUUUUGACUGGUGCCCGUGAUGCUGAGCCUAUGGUGCGGGCCAGCAGCCUCUCCAAUCUGGGUGAUGUUUGCAAGCUAUUGAGGUUUUCUAUUGGGCCCAUUCUACAGGAGGUGUUUAGCUGCCUGAGCGCUGUGCUGCACACCGAUAAGUCCGAGCACGUUCGCCGUGCCGCCACCAUGGUCAUCACUCUACUGCUGCAAGGGCUUGAGAAAGACUCAAUUGAAGUCCUGGGCUCCAGUCUGAAGGACAUCUAUCGUCUGUUGAAACUCGUGGAAGCCACAGAUCCUGACGAGGCGACACGUGUCCACGCGCAACGUGCGCUUGGAGUACUCGAUGCCAUUAUGAGGGAAUUUCUGUUUCCAAAGCAGACCUUCACCAAAAGAAUCCAGGUACUGCCGUGAUAUAUAUGGAUUGCGUGACGCAAAAGGAAUGCGUGACACGCGUGGAUUUCGUGACACGCGCUGAAAGAGCUCGAUAACAUUAUGAGGGAAUAUCUGUUUCCAAAUCAGACCUUCACCAAACGAAUCCAGGUACUGCCGUGGUAUAUAUGGAUUGCGUGACGCAAAAGGAAUGCGUGACACGUGAAGAUUGCGUGACACGCUAUGAAAUAGCUCGAUACCAUUAUGAGGGAAUUUCUGUUUCUAAAGCAGAUCAUCACCAAACGAAUCCAGGUACUGCCUUGAUAUAUAUGGAUUGCGUGACGCAAAAGGAAUGCGUGACACGCAUAGAUUGCGUCACACGAUCUGAGAUAGCUCGAUACCAUUAUGAGAAAAUUUCUGUUUCCAAAGCAGACAAUCACCAAACGUAUCCAGGUACUGACAUAAUAUAUGUGAAUUGCGUGACGCAAAAGGAAUGCGUGACACGCGCUGAGAGAGCUCGAUGCCAUUAUGAGGGAAUUUCUGUUUUCAAAGCAGACCUUCACCAAGCUAUUCCAGGAACUGCCGUUACGUGUGGGAUUGCGUGACGCGAAAGGAAUUCGUGACACACGUUGAUUGCGUGACAUGAAAGGAAUGUGUCACACGCGCUAAGAACGAUCAUUUGCAUUUUUGAGGAAAUUUCCUAAGCAGGCAUGCACCAAACGAAUCCAGUUACUGCCUUGACAUGUUAUGGAUUGCUUGACAUUAAAGAAAUGUCUGACGCGCUUAGAGAAACUUUUCAGGGAUCAUCGACAGAAGUGCGGAUCACGUGACAUGUAAGGAAUGCGUGACUGCUUGGAUACUGAGUAUACUUUCACGAUAAUGCGUGACAUAUACUCCUUUUGGAACAUACGGGGAACUCAAUCAUAUCAGAGUGCCGCUGUUACCCUUUAGGCAGUUUUAUGUAGCUGAAACUUGGUUCACCCAAAACAAGAAAAAACGAGAAGAUACGAGCCCUACUACGCGCUUGUGUAUUAUCCCCCCAUUGCGAGUAAAUGUUGUUUUUGCUUCUUUAAUUUCCGCAUAGCAGGGGAGUGGCGACCUUAUUAUUUCACACAAGAAAAUAAAAUAAUACUAGAAAAUGUUUCUCACACACCAACCAAAACACAGCUAAGCUUUGAUAUUACCUGGAUUAUUUUUGAUAGCAUAAAAAGUAUAUGGAAUUUCGGCUAUUCAAGUACAUAUUUUUUUAUUCAAUAUUUCUCUCUUAGAUAAUACCCACUCCGACGAUAAACGAGUCUAUGGAAUCGCCGUCAGACUCUUCCUAGUUAUGAUAGUUUCACACAGAGUUGUUUGAAUAAGAAACCUGUAUUGAGACCCCCCCUAAAGCGUACUAUUGGACUCCCCUCUUGUGUACUGCUAUUAUUGUCUCCGAUCAGUCACGGAAUACUUAAAACGCGUUAAAGACGCUCAAAAAUGUUUUUUUUUUUUUUAAAAAAAAGCUUGCUUGCGCAGAAGAUUCUCUAUUUACGGAAAAAAAUUAUAAGUAACUCCAAGUGAGUGGGUAAACACCCUAAAAGGUACCAAGAAAAAUAACAAAAAGCUGCUUUUUUUGCCCGACAGUCGAGAAAGGUCCUCAAUGGACUAAACAUAAUACCCGACUUUUUUCAAUUUGUUCAAAUAAACCCUUAACUUGUCGACCUA